CAGUGUGCCCAGGCUGGCAUGCUUGCCCUCCGAGAGGAGCCAGUGGCCCUGGCACCCAUAGCUAAUAAGAGUCUGAGUGAGAUUGGAGAUCUGCACUGAGUGCCCCGCUGCUCAGCGCCAUGGGUGGGCCUGGCUGGUGGCUGGCCACUGCAAGGCCUGGCUAAGCCCCAGCUGUCAGCCCUCCCUGGCAGCUAGUCCGUGCACGGCCCCAGGCAGGCUCAGCCCCCGGCUGGGAGGACUUUGUGGUCACCCUGUGCCACCCUGCCCCUGCACAGCCUGGAAUUCAGGGCCCCGCCUCUUGGUCAAGCCUUUGGUGGGUAAGGCGUCCCCUGGGUGCCAUGUCACCCUCUACUGGCCUCUCCUGAAGCCUGGGGUUUGCUGGGGUGGGGGGAGCUCAACGGCGGUCCCCAAGGCACCCUUGACAGCUCCAGUUGUGGGUGCUGGGAUGGGAGACAGUACACUCAGCUCACUCACGCUAUGCCUUCACUUGGCAGCUGGGGAAACUGAGGCAGAGAGGUUGAGUAGGAUGGGGACCUCCAGCUGGGUCCCCACUGGCAAGGGUUGUGUCCUCUGCUGUGGGACCCAGCAGGUGCAGCUGGGCUGAGGGUCCUGAACUGGGCUGGCCCUGGGCAUUGGAAUAUCCCAGCAGCCAGGCAUGUGCAGGGCACUAGGGAUGGGGAGGGCAGGGGGCAUUGAUUCAUCACAGGAGAGGCCAGGCCCUCCCAGCCUUGUUGAAGUUUCCGUUUGCUCUGACCGGUCCGAGGGCCUGGGGAGUGUCCCAACAUGUGUCUCCCUGCAGGGCCGGCUCCCGGGGCUCAGGGUCCGCUAUGCCUUCCUGAUCUGGCUGAGUGUCCUGGCGGGCAGUUGGCUGGUGUACGUGCACUACUCAUCCUAUUCCGAGCUCUGUCGCGGUCACGUCUGCCGGCUGGUCAUCUGUGAGCAGUACCACAAGGGCAUCAUCUCAGGCUCUGUCUGCCGGGACAUGUGUGACCUGCACACCGUGGAGUGGAGGACCUGCUUGUCAUCGGCCCCCGGGCAGCAGGUGUACAGCGGAUUCUGGCAGGACAAGGAGGUGAUCAUCAAGUGUACGGUCCAAGAGGCCCCGGGCACCAAGGCCCGGCGGGACACCGCCCCCCGGCCUGAGCUGGUGCUGUUCAACAAGCCAGUGCGGGGCACCUCCGUGGAGGAGUUCCGCCAGAUGACCUUCGGCUUCCUCAAGGCGACCCUGGGAGACCUGCCGUCGCUGCCGGCACUGGUGGGCCAGGUCCUGGCCAUGGCCGACUUCAACGAGGACAGCCGGGUGUCACUGGCCGAGGCCAAGUCCGUGUGGGCACUGCUGCAGCGCACGGAGUUCCUGCUGCUGCUGGCCCUGCAGGGCCAGGGCCACACGGUGCGGCUGUUGGGCCACUGUGGGGACCUGUACCUCACUGAGGGCCGCCCGCCCGGCUCGGCCCAGGCCACCUUGCUGCCCGCUGCCCUGCUCCCGCUGCUGCCCGCCGCCCUGCGCCAUGCCCUGCAGCAGUGGGUGGGCCCUGCCUGGCCCUCGCGGGCCAAGGUGGCCGUGGGCCUGCUGGAGUUCCUGGACGAGCUUUUCCAUGGCGCCUAUGGGACCUUCCACCUGUGCGAGACCACGCUGGCCUCCGUGCGCCACACGGCCAGCUACGACUUCAAGAUGGCCGACCUGCAGCAGGUGGCGCCCGAGGCCGCCGUGCGCCGCUUCCUGCAGGGCCGGCGCUGCGAGCGCAGCGAGGACUGCACCUAUGGCCAGGACUGCCGGGCGCCCUGCGACCGCCUCCUGCGCCAGUGCAAAGGCGACCUGGUCCAGCCCAACCUGGCCAAGGCCUGCGAGCUGCUGCGGGACUACCUGCUGCCCGGUGCCCCCGCCGCCCUGCGCGCUGAACUGGGCCGCCGGCUGCGCACCUGCACCACGCUGAGCGGGCCGGCAGGCCAGGUGGAGGCGCGCCACGCGCUGGUGCUCAGCCACCUCAAGACACUGCUCUGGAAGGAGAUCUCCCACACCAAGUACUCCUAGCUGGUGCGGGAGGGCCAGGCACUCCCUGGGCAGCGGUUUAGCUGGCCACUCGUGCAGCCUCUGCUACCUCCAGUGCUGGAGGUGACCUCAUGAAAACGCCCCGCCGCCCAGCAGGAGGCCUCUGCCAGGAACAGCCCCCAGUUCCAAGGAGGGAGGGGAAAGGCAAGGACCCAGCCAACCCAGCUUGUACUGGAGCCAGCAGCACAGGAGGCCCUGGCAGCCACUGUCAGUUUAUGGGGAUUCAGGAGGUGGACUCUACAGGAGGCAGACG